CUUAUCUUAAUCUUCGGCCUUGCAUUCUCGAUUCUUACUUAAGUGCAUUUGUAGUCAUGUAACCAUAUCAGGGUGUUAUAUUAUUUAUUCUUAAGGACUGAAGAAUUCAUUAUAUUGAAAUUGGCUAUUUGGACAGUUAAUUUUCUACUUCUUUUUGAUAAGGUAAUAACAAUGAGAGAAGUAAAGUAUAUAUGAUAUGUCUGAAGCUUUUUCAUGCUGACAAAAAGAACAGGUAUUUGCCGAUAUGUCAUUAACUGCUUUUUCAACAUCAUAAGAGUUUUUUUCUUUAUUUUUUCUUUUUCCAAAACCAAUAAUCCCCUAUCCUCUGAGAGAGUGUUCAUCCUUCGCUAACUCACUGGUACUUAGUCUUCAUCAUGUACUUAAAAAACAUGUUCUUGUGAUGUAGUAGAAAUCAACCUGAGCAGUACACUCAUUCGGAGAGAACGGAACUAACUGGUAUUUCGGCAAAAGUCGAAGUACGUAGGAAAAGUUCGGUUAAUUAUUGUCUAUAUUAGCGUUAUUAUUUGUUUUCUAUAACCCGUAAGUGGGAGUGAAUAAUUUCUUAUAUAACUUUUCACUGUGCGGAUGAUGCACAGCAUUUGGGACAUACGAGCAAGGCAACUUGUUGAAAUGGUCAACACCUUUCGACGUUGCGUAAAGGUAUAAAUAAUGCACUUGAGUAUCCAUGAAGGUGCGUCACCAAGCUGGAUUACAUAUACAUACUAAGCAGUGCCCUUCCUGAAACGACUGACAGAAUUGCAAAGCCCUCAAAUCCCUUGCAGCUACAGACGACAUCUUCCACUUCUAACAGUAGGCGCCAUCAAGACAGACUUUGCAGCUAACGACGUUUGUUCAGACUUUCUCAACAUCAGAGAUCAUAACGAACAAAUGAUGCGGUGUUACUUGCUUUUGCUUGCAGUUAUUUUGCCGGCGGUGUCAGCUAGAAGAACAGUAUGUGGGGGUGGACGGUGCGAGUCUGGAUUCAACUGCCUGAUGGAAGGAGAAGGAGAUGGAGAAUCCCACUGCAUCCGCAGCAUUUGUUUUGAGCCGCUCAUGACCGCAGUCCAGACAGGCAACUAUUGCAACACCUACACCAAGAAGUACUACUACGAUAAAGACAACGGUGUGUGUAAACACUUCUACUACAACAGGUGUGGCGGCAACAGCAACAAUUUCAACUCUAUUGAAGAAUGCUCUGAUCAGUGCAGCAAGCACGAACCGACCAAAUAACUCUAUAAUAGUGGGGCUUCGACUUGGGUCGUGACCUGUGUAACUAGACGAACUUGUAAUAUGGUUAAC